GCGUAAUGAUUGCGUGCUGAAUCUUCCUCUUUUGAUUAUCACUGUGCUCAUCCUUUUCUCCAGAGAUGCCCAUCAACCGCAGAUUUCGCCCCCUGCUCGUGACCACUGUGGUAUUCUGUCUCAUCUGUGUCUUUGCCUCAGCCACGCCCUUUCCCAAGGAUUUGGAACCAAUCAGAGCAAUCGGCCAUGAGCACUCAGCUCUGUACCCCAGUUUUCAGGGCCUGAUCUCUGAUAAUGACACAGCACGUCUGGGACUUGACUUUCAGAAAAUGCUACGCAUCAACCACAUGCUCUACAUAGCAGCAAGGGAUCAUGUGUUUGCUGUGAAUCUGACAAAUACUAUGGAGCAGAUUGUCCCCCAGCAGCGACUGACGUGGAAAUCUAAAGAUGUGGCGAAAUGCACAGUGAGGGGUAAAAACAGCGAUGAAUGCUAUAAUUAUAUCAAAGUUCUAGUGCCUCGUAAUGAUGAGACUCUGUUUGCCUGUGGCACCAACGCUUUCAACCCAACAUGUCGCAAUUACAAGAUGGGUGCUUUGGUUCAGGUGGGUGAUGAUUUACUGGGACAGGCGCGGUGUCCAUUUGAGUCGCGCCAGUCAAACGUGGCUCUGUUUGCAGGUGGUAAUUUCUACUCGGCGACAAUGACCGACUUUCUGGCCAGUGAUGCUGUCAUUUACAGGAGCCUGGGUGGGGAGGGCAGUCCAGUGCUACGCACUGUCAAAUAUGACUCCAAAUGGCUACGAGAGCCUCAUUUCCUCCAUGCUAUUGAGUACGGGAACUAUGUCUACUUCUUCCUCAGUGAGAUCUCUAUGGAGUACACCUCACUAGGCAAGGUUGUGUUUUCUCGCGUGGCGCGUGUGUGUAAGAAUGACAGGGGUGGGUCCCCCCGCGUGUUGGAUCGGUACUGGACAUCGUUCCUGAAAGCUCGCUUAAACUGCUCUAUCCCUGGAGACUCCUUCUUCUACUUUGAUGUUCUGCAGUCCAUCACCAAUGUGCUGCAAAUUAACCAGCGCCCCGCAGUGGUGGGAGUGUUUACAACACAGAUCAACAGUAUUGCUGGCUCUGCCGUGUGUGCGUUCUAUAUGGACGACAUAGAGAGAGUUUUUAAUGGGAAGUUUAAAGAGCAGAAGACCAGUGAGUCCGUCUGGACCCCCAUCCCUGACGAACAGGUCCCUAAACCACGUCCUGGAUCCUGUGCUGGAGAUGGACCUGCCUCGUCUUACUCCUCCUCUACUAAUUUUCCUGAUGAUAUGCUGACCUUCAUAAAGUCCCACCCCCUUAUGGAUGAGGCCACGCCCUCUGUAGGGAACCGCCCACUCUUCACUCACACUACCAGCAGGUAUAAGUUGACUCAGAUCGCUGUAGACACGGCAGCCGGGCCGUAUAAGAACCGCACGGUUCUGUUUCUGGGCUCAGAGGACGGUCACGUUUUAAAGGUUCUGGCUGGAACGCACUCAAAUUCCACAUUCAGUGCCAAAUUACUGGAGGACAUUGAAGUCUACAACCCCACAAAGUGCAGUGUGCGUGGUGAUGACAGGAGAGUUCUGGCACUGGAGCUGGAUAAGGAGAAUCAUGGUUUAUUUGUGGCCUUUUCUGGCUGCGUGAUCAGAGUUCCCCUCAGCCGCUGCACAGAGCACAGCAACUGCAAAGGGAGUUGUCUGUCUUCCCGUGACCCGUACUGUAUCUGGCUGAGAACUGGGAGCUGUGCCAACAUGGCUCCAGGAUUCAAGGCGGGGUUUGAGCAGGACAUCGACGGCAACCAAUCACAGCUACCUGCCACCUGUCACGAUUCGCUGUCGACAAUGCAAAACCACAACUCACCGGGUGACUCAGCUUACGGUGUGAGACGUUGGCCUGAGAUGGAGAAGUCGAGCCAGAGUGUACACUUCACUCUGCUUAUAGCCUGUGUGUUGGUGGCCUUCGUGCUGGGCGCGCUCCUCUCGGCCUUCCUCGUGUCGUGUUACUGUAGCCAGCGUGCCCGACGUGCCCGCCAGCUGGGCAAAGACCCGGAGGCUUCCCUGCCUCACGCCCUGUCCCUCCACAGCCUGGCAAAGCUCAGCAGCCUAUUGGACAGCCAGGCCAAAGAGGAAAAAAUAAACUCCUCCCCCAAAAUUUACAGCUCCUUCCUGGCCAACGGUAAAGAUCUUCCUGCAGGAAGCCACAGCACACCCGGGGGGCACAGUACAAGGGACGAGGCACUGUCCAGCCUCCCCACACCUGAUUCGACACCAGAGCUGCCAAUCAAGAACAUGAAAGCUGUCCAUGACCAGUGGGAGCGCAACCAUAAUUGCAACAAUGCCAAAGAUGACAAACUGAAAGGGAACGUGAGAACAGGACCAGGGCUCACCCAGCAAGUUUUCCCCUUCUCCCACAACCUACCCAACAACCAAUCACAUUUCCUCGAGGAACCAAAGGUAUCCAAUGAGGAGCAAGUGGCCACUGCAGGUUCUUACUCCUGCGGUCCUCAGACAGUGGUGGAUGUGUCCACUCUGGAUGACCUCCUACAACAUAUUCAUGAGGUGGGAGCAGAUGAUGCCUCAGGGGGGCGGAGACUAGCUGUGUUGACGUCAGCACUGUUGCCAGGCAACAGUGGUUUGGCUCAGGGAGGCUUCAGUGGAAGACUGCCACAGCAGCACCCCCAGAUCCCUGACACAGAAUCUGCUCUGUACUUCAGCUCCUCCACCAUGCCCCGGGACGGGCUGACGUACCGUCUGGACAUACCCCCUGAAACACCACCCCACUCCACCUCCUCAUCCACCCACCCAACACAGCAACUGCUCCCUGAGAGGCUGGUGACACGCCACCCCUCCCAGAGACCCUGCCUGAUUAAGAUGGGGGCUGGCAGGGGGGGCGCAGUACCACGUCAGCACAGUUUUAGCCAGAGGGGGGCGCCAUCUCAGCAGCGCCUCGUACGAUUAAACUCAGGAGGGGGCAAUGAGUGUGAGGCUCAUCGACCCCUCAUCCCUGGUGGGGCGUGUUUGACGCGCCAACACAGCUAUAGCGAACCCCCCCAUCUCCAACGCUCUGCUAUUGUACGUCGGACAGCUUCCUUAAAACCACAGGUGCCCCCUAAACCUCUGUUCCUCCCGGCGACCUCCCCCGUCAGCCCCCCGGGCAACCUGAACUACUGAGCGAGCAGGGAGAGAGCACUGAAACAUGUGGAGACUCUUCUGAGACGAAGGGAGAUUCCAGAGAACCACAGGGAACCACAGGGAUGGUUCUCUGAGACUUUAGCGAGUCUGUUUUGCCACGGGAGGCUGUCUUGAGAUACUAGAGACUGUGCUGAGCUAAAAAUGAGAAACAUGAGAAUACACUUGAAGACGAGAGACUUCUCUGAGACGUAUAUGUUUCUGCAGAGACACAGGGAGACACUGUUGAGUUGCAUAGCAGAAUCUGUUAACGUUUGGAAUCAUCUCUGCGUAGACUCAUUGAAUGUUCAGAGGCUUUCUUUGUUGAACCAUGUUCGACCCUGUUGUUCUGGAAUGUUCUUGUACCAUAUUGGUAUCGGCUGUGUAACCACUUAAUCCAGAUUGUUUUAGGGAGUCAUACUGGUCCCUAUAGAGAGAGAACCAGUGUUUCCAGUAAUGAGAACCCAGUUAAGCUGAGAAAACAGACAGGAAGAGGGCUUGACUGUGUCGUCAGUGCCUGUGUGUCUGUGCUAUGUGUUAACACUCUGAGCCCAAACUCACUGAACUGCAGAUGGACUGGGCCUCACUCACAGCCUCAUGGGGCCACUAGAGGGAGGCACUGUGAGGCAUCUUUAUCUGUAACUGUUCAUUAUGAAGCAAUAACCCUCUGUAAAACAUCACCACUCCACAGAGGUUCCACAUACAUAUAAUAAUAAAAUUAACACUGAGCAGUCUAAACACAUGUAUAAUAAUAAAAUUAACACUGAGCAGUGUCAUUGUCAGUACAGCUGACACUCACGGUCUGAACACACAGGUGUUAAUAAAUGAGGAUACUAGCCAAACUUUAUAAUAUGUAUGUGUACAUGUGUGUACAUGUGUGCCUUAUUUCCUAUGUAAAGUCUGCUGAGAAAAGGGCAA